AUGAGCCGCUGGUCGCAGUACGAUACCGACGAGGAACGCCUCCCGGAGGGCAUGCAACGUAUCGGCUACGAUUCCGAUACCCAAACCUACACAUUCCGCGAUGCUGAGGGCACUAUCUGGGAGAGCGCACCUGGUAACCAGUACGGUGAACUCCAUCGUGUCAAUACAACAUACGCACCUUACGGUGACGAGGAAGCACACGAUGCAACAGAGCCACUGCACACAGCCUCCAAGGGACCACAUACUUCAUGGCGACAUGAGAUGAUGCCCUUGCUCAAUUGGUUCUUACUGGUCGGUCUAUUCCUGAUCCUUAUCUUUUGGAUCAUCAGCGGUACGACUAAACGGAUUGAACCGAUUACUUGCGGAGAGCACAGUAGUCCGUACAAGAUCAAACCAGGCGACACAUGCUGGGCCAUUGCGGAGGGACAUGAUGUCCCACUUGAUUCUCUCAUCCACGAGAACGAAGGUCUUGAUUGCGAUAAGUUGCCCAUCGGUGGUACGGCAUGUAUCCCAAGGGUCUAG